CCAGUGACGGGCUAAAGAUGGAUACCAGUGAGCAAGCCGGGGCCGGAGGUUGCCAGUUGCCGGAUACGCUCGAAUCGAGCUCAGCUUUGGCGCGUUUGCCGGACGAGGUUCUGCUCCUGGUGAUGCAGUAUUUGGACGUGGAGGACCUCUUCCGAUGCCGUCUCGUGUGCAAGAGGCUCGCGGGCCUGGCCCUGGACCCGGACGCGUGGCAGCACCGGAACCUCAGUGACGAGCACCCGUGGGCGUGUGCGGUGCUGCGCCUGGCGCCGUGUCUGAAGUCAUUGGUCAUGUUGGCCCCUUCGACCAUGGCGUGCCACAUGCUGGCCCUGUCCCGGACCAAGUGUGCCGCAGCAAAGCUCCUUUUUAGCUUACAAAGUGGUUACGGAGUGACGCAAAUGGAAGAGGUGAUCCGCCACCAGGAGGCACUCGGCCGUUUGAAGGGCCUGCAUGUCUCCAUUACGCCAAUUAUGGAUGGUGCUACUGCCACCAAGCUGCUGGACGUUGUGACGUCAAUUCCUGCCCUAGAGGAGUUGAGCCUUUACAUACUCACUCUUUCGAUACCUUUAACGGCCAGGCCCGCUUUACGCAGCGUCUCCGGCCCAUCUCUAAAGAAUUUUGUGCUCGAAUGGGAGGCCGGCCAUGGUACCGGUCUACCGCAGCCCAUCGAGGACGUCUCCAGGUUCCUGCUGGCCGAGCACGCCGCCACCCUGGAGCGAAUUGAAUUUGAGAGCAACGCGGGCGUCAUCAAGCCGCCCGCGUCCCUGCUGGCCAGCAUGCCCAACCUGCGGGUGCUCAACUGCUCGCCCUUCCCCGGGAUGAGGGCCUUGGCAGCGAGCGAGUCUCUGAGGGACCUCUGCCUCGUCGUGAAGCCCGCGACGGUGACCACGGACACCAGGGAGUUCCUCCGCGGCGCCGGAAAUCUGCGCGUCAUCGACAUGACGUUCUCUUCCAUAGGCGAAAACUGCACCUGGACGCCCACGACAGCCGGAGUGGAUCUGGUCGAGGACCUAGCUUCGACCGUGGAAGAGCUGAGCAUCUCAAACGAGGCCGAGGCCACCGCCAGGUGUCUCCCGCAGGUGCAGCCGCUGCUGCGCGCGCUGCCCACGCUGACGUGCCUGCGCAACCUGUUCCUGGAGGUGGCGCCCGACGAGCUGCUGGCCGCCAUCACUCCGACCACGGCCCCGGCCCUGCAGUGGCUCUCGGUGACCAACUCGGACUGGGGCUGCACCCACGCCUGGCUGCACAGGGGGGUGGUCAAGAAGCUCCUGUCGGAGAACCCUUCGCUGCAUGUGCAGGUACGAGCCGACGAGGCCUCCGCCCCAUGCAGGGAAAACCCCUGCGAGACGUGUGAGUACGACUGCCACAUGGACCUGUGCGAGUUUGAAUCCAUCUUAUUCACGCAUGACCCUCACGACAGUUGUGCGGUGAAAGUUCACGCGAGUAUCUUUUGUUACUAUAUAUCUGAUGUAUCAACCAUAGAGAGUGACACUGUGAAUGCAGAACUAGGCUGGAGUGAUUUAGACAUGGUACAGGGGGCGCAAGCGAAUAUGUUCGAGUAGUAAUUUUACCAAAGAAAAUAUUUCGGCGGGACAAGAAUACAUAUCGUAUAAUUCAACCCACUCAGAAAAUGUGUAGACGAGGUAAUUUCUA